AUAGUUGGGAAACUCUGAAAAUUCCCUACGCUCGUAGGCAUCGCCAGAAGAUUAAAAGCAGCCUCAUUGAGACGCUCGCAGACUGAGUCACUCACAAGUAGUGGUAGUAGGAGGUGGAGUAGUGGAUACUUACCAGUAGGAAAUAGAAAUGGGAUCUGUGUACGAGGGAGGGAGAUUGGAGUGUGGUAACCUCAAGGGGUCGAGCAUGGAGAUCAGGCAAGGUAGGACGGUCCAUAACAUGUCAUCCUCCUCUCUUCGGAAGAAAUCGGAACUUGCACUGCUCUCCAAGCUCAGCUGUGGUCCACUGAAGCAGCUGCUUGCAAACCUUCAGGAGGUUUUAUUCGGGACUAAGCUUUCUUUUCUCUUCCCUGCUAUUCCUCUGGCUGUCGUCGCUCAUUUCUAUAAUUUUGGAAGACCAUGGAUAUUUGCUUUGAGCUUGCUAGGGCUCGCUCCACUUGCCGAGCGUCUUAGCUUUCUCACAGAGCAAAUUGCGGUUUAUACUGGCCCAACUGUUGGGGGACUCGUGAAUGCAACAUGCGGAAAUGCAACAGAACUAAUUAUAGCUCUGCUAGCUUUGCAUAAAGGGAAGAUAGAGGUGCUGAAGUGGUCUCUUUUGGGUUCUGUCAUCUCUAAUCUACUACUUGUUCUUGGCUCUUCUCUUUUCCUGGGAGGACUUGUAAACCUCAGAAACGAACAAAAAUUCGAUAGAAAGCAAGCGCAUGCUAAUUCUGGCCUUCUCUUCUUGGCUUUGGUGUGCCACAUACUGCCUUUGAUGUUCAAACAUGCCUCUGACAAUGACGCCAGGACUGUCAAUCACAUUCUUCAACUGUCUAGAGCAAGCAGCAUUAUCAUGCUUCUCGCUUACAUCGCCUAUCUCUUCUUCCAAUUGAAGACCCAUAGACAGCUCUUCGAAGCACAAGAGGAAGACGAUGACAGUCAUGAUACCACGCCCGAGGAAGAGUCAGUAAUUGGAUUCUUCAGUGCAUUUGUUUGGAUGGUGGGCAUGACAGCUGUCAUUGCUCUUUUAUCUGAAUAUAUUGUAGGUACAAUAGAGGCUGCAUCUGAAUCUUGGGGUAUUUCUGUCAGCUUCAUUAGUAUAAUUUUGCUACCAAUCGUUGGAAAUGCAGCAGAACACGCCAGUGCAAUCAUAUUCGCUUUCAAGAACAAGCUGGACAUAUCUUUAGGUGUUGCUUUGGGGUCUGCUACUCAGAUUGCUAUGUUUGCGGUUCCUUUUAGCGUAACUGUUGCAUGGAUUAUGGGCAUCCAAAUGGAUCUUGACUUCAACCUCAUGGAGACUGGAUCACUUUUCGUAUCAGUUCUUCUAACAGCCUUCACUUUACAGGAUGGAACUUCGCACUAUCUUAAAGGAUUAGUUCUCCUCCUUUGCUACAUUGUUAUUGGUGCGUGGUUUUUGGUUCUUAGAACUCCCCUGCAAAGACACACAAAUGUUGUCAAGCUCGGCGAUGAACCAUCACCUACAGGGGAGGUGGCAGUUUAGGCAUGCUGGCUUCUACGAAGCAUUGGUUUCAAAGGUAUCAAUUGGAAGAUUAUGCCAUAAUGAGCUCAACUCAAAAGUCUCCAAUUACCGUCCUUUCCUUUUGAUUCACAUAGACUAAUUUAUAAGUAAAGCCUUUUUUUCGGAUCAGGCUGCUCUUAGUGCUCGUCACCUUAUGAAUGGGUUGGAUGGCAUAUAAAAUUCAAGAGUGAUCGCAGGGGGUUCUCAUCCCCACUAUUUCCUUU